AUGUUAACCUACAAGCGUCACUAUGCUAUUUACAUCGCCGAAACUCUUUUAUGGAUGAGUGUCCCCAGAGAAGAGCUGGCUAGAAUUCUUCAGAAAAUAUUCGAGGUGAUUUACAAGGCCAUCUCCCCCGAGCAGCCUAUCUAUGUUGUCAUAGAGUGCUUGAUUGAGCGCAGUCUGGACUUUGAGACGCCAACGUGUGCGAUUUGUUUGGAAGAUUUUGCAGAACGUGAAGAAGAAGGCAUUGCAAUCAGUGAAAGUCUUACAAAUUCCCAGAUUGUCCAGUCAUUCUGUGUAGAAGGACUAGGAGUGAGUUUUCGAUUAUCAGACUCAUGGAUGGAGAAGAGCAUCACCAACUUGGUACAUGGAGGUAUCAAGCAGUGGGCUCCAAAGCUUCUUAUUAAGAAGGCUUUGGUAGACUUUUCAUCCCCCGAAUCAUCUGGUGCAAUGGAUUUCUUGCAUUUCAGAGCAGCUAUUAUAGGGGACUCUAUUGCCCGGAUUCUUGAGUUUUCUGGUGUGAAGGUUAUGCGUGCUUCUCAUGUCACUGCCUAUGGGUCACAGGGUUGGCAACUAAUCCGCUCAUCUGAGUGGAAGCCAAUGCCAGUUGACACAUGUCAACAGUUGCGUGAGUUUUAUACGCUUGCUGGAAUACAAUGGCAAGAUGAGGAGGGGACUUUCUAUUCGGUCAGGGAGGAGGCCCUGAAGAAUUUGAGAAAUGAUAUGAAAGAGAAGUUUCUUGUCAUGCCACGGGGAGAUAUUUUAACUGAGCUCAUUUCUCUUGAGUAUCGGUUAAAAUAUCAAAAAGCAGAUUGGAUUAUAUAUAUUUCUCAUGCUACACAUGAGGAUCAUUUCUUUCAGACUUUUAAGGUAGCUGAAUCUGCUGGUUGGCAUGGAGGUGAUAAUGACUAUCCCAAAUUUAGCCAUAUAUCACUUCAAAAGAAGUGUGAUUUUGGUCUAGCCAUGCAGUUCAAUGAUGUGUUCAAAGGAGUCAAGAGCCGAAGUGAAAAUCUCCUCAAGUUUGUGCUGCCAGAGUCUGAAUAUCAGCGUGUGAAAACUUCACACUCAGUUGCUUAUGCUUCUCUGAAGUAUGCUAUUCUGAAGAAAACCUUUGGUGAAAUUGCCUUUGAUGAGAUUGAUGUCAAACAUUUGUUUAAUCGCAAGGGAAAAACAGCUGUUUAUCUCCUUCGCACGUACAGCUGGAUAUCUGGCAUGCUUGAUCACGUCCACAGGGAGGAACUGAAAAAGAAUAAUGCGGUUGUAGUAGAGCAUGUCGGUGCCCGAGCUCUAGCACUUUACUUGCUUAGAUUUCCAGAGGUCAUUCAAAAGGCUCUGGAUAGCUUGUCAGCUGCUGUUCUGUGCGACUAUGUCUAUGAUCUGGCUAUGAUCUUUACUCAGAAGUUCUAUGCUGAGUAUGCUCGGGAUUUACAGUUUGCAAGAGUUCAUUUCGAUCACCAGGAGCAGCGGUUGAAGGAGCUGACAGCGGCUGCAAUGUCUAGAAGAACGUUGCUCAUUGAGGCAACCCGGAUUGUUAUGGAGAAGUGUCUUGAGCUGUUAGGUUUGGAGCCCGUCUCCUGUUUGCUUUUCUAG